AUGGUGGUCGACGGCUUUGCCUCUCUGAAGACUGACCAGGACAAGCUUGUGGCUGGCCAGCGAAACCUCGAGGACGAGCUCGGCAGAGUGCGCUCCCUCCUGGAUUCCCCCGUUCCCACCACCAUGGCAAGGGGUGGCGUGAAGGGGCAUGUCGGGGAGCGGUCUAGUGCGGCGACAGAGAGAACGACCUCGACUUCAGGAGCAGCAGAUGGGUUGGCGACGGAUUCCACCGCCGAAGUGGUUGCUAGUGUUGGUGCUGCUGCCGGUUCGGUGUCGAGAGUCCAAGCUCCGGACUCCUCGGCGCCAUCACCGGUGUCGUUGCCGGAAAAUGAGGGCGAACGGCCGGAGAGUACUCCGACGCUCCAGCGGCUCCUCGCGCUAGCCGAUCGGGCGGAUCGGAUGUCUUCGUUCCUGGACUCAUUGGAGGAAGGGGAACGACAGACGCCGAGUGUGCAGAGCGUCCGUGAGGUCACUGUCGAUUCGGGCGUUCUUGAAGUGUCGCUGGUACCCCAGGAGGUGAGGGACGCUGUGACUGGGGGCGCGCACCAGGAAAUGGAGGUGAGGGAUGAGAGGGGCGGCGUGGAGGUGACCAGGAGCUCGCCGACGCAUUGGGAGGUCCAACGGCCAAGGGUUGACAGCAACGAGCGGCCGAGUGAUCUGGUAGUGAGAACGGCCACGCGGUCAGGGCCAUCGACGGCCGGUUCCACAGCGAAUGUGCUUGCUAGCGCUGGUAGCGUUGGCGCUGCUGCCGGUGGAGCGCGGUCGGUAUCGAGAGUCCAAGCUCCUGACUCCCCGGUGCCAUCAUCAGUGUCGCCGUCGGAAAACGAAGGCGAACGGCGGGAGAUCAAUCCGACGUCCCAGAAGAUCCUCGCGUUGGGCGACCGGAUGGAUCGGAUGUCUUCACCCCUGGACUUAUUGGUGCGGGGAGCAGGGGAGACCCCGAGUGUGCACAGCAUCCGUGAGGUCACCGUCGGCUCGGGGGACCUCGACGAGUCAUCGGUACCCGGGGAAGCGACGGAGGCUGCGAUUAGGGGCGCGCACGAGGAGAGGGAGGUGAGGGAAGAGAGGGGCGGCUUGGAGGUGACCAGGAGCUCGCCGAUGCGUGAGGAGGUCCAACGGCCACGGAUGGACAGCGACGAUCGGCCGAGUGAUCUGGUAGAGAGGCCGACAACCCCAUCAGCAGCAGGGGUUGGGUUGACGACGGGUUCCACGGCUGAUGUGCUCGCUAGUGCUGGUAGCGUUGGUGUUGCUGCCGGUGGAGCCGAUUCCGUGUCGAGAGUGCCAGCUCCGGACUCCCCGGCGCCAUCACCAGUGGCAUCGUCGACAACCGAGGCCGAACGGCCGCAGAUCAUACCAACAUCCCAGCAGCUCCUCGCGUUGGCCAAUCGGGUGUCGCGGUUGUACGCUCUCCCGGCGCCAGCAGCGGGGGAUGCGGCGGAGGCCUCGGGUGUGCCGAGCAGCCGUGGGGUCACCGUCGGCUCGGGCGUUCUCGACGUGUCGCUGGCACCCCAGGACGCGACGGAGACGUUGGCGUCGCCGCCCAACGAGGCCGAACGGCCUAAAGUAUUCGAGCGGGUCCUCGCGUUGGUCAAUCGGCUGUCGAAGUUCAACGAUGUCCUGGCGACAGCAGCGGGGGACGCAGGAGAGACGUCGAGUGCUCGGAGCGUCCUUGAGGUCACCGUCGGCUCGGGGGAUCUCGCCGUGUCACGUGCUCCCGGGGAGGAGAAGACGGAGGCUGUGACUAGGGGCGCCCCCAAGAGCAUGGAGGGGAGGGAUGACAGGGGCGUGGAGGUGACCAGUCAGAUGUCUGACGAGACCCCAGUGGUCGAGGCGACGGUGGCAUCGGGAGGGCUCGUGCUGGAAGUUGAAGGAGCUCAGCUGGAGGUGGUCGAGGAGAUCACCGGCGAGACCGCGGGAAGUUCGAGGGAAACGGUGCCAGGUGAAGGAACAAGAGUGGCGAGGCCGCCGGUGUCAUGGGCGGAGACUGCGGAGAGGGUCGAGAACCCGAUUGCAGCAGCCGAGAAGGUGGAGGUACCGGCGGCGGAGAACGGGGUGACAGCGGUCGAGACGGUGGCAGUUACACCUGGAUCUUUGACGAUCAAGACGAGGAAGGUGUCCUCGGAAGAGAGGCAGAUGGCCGGAGCCCCCCAGGGGCAGAUCUUCGACGUGGUGGCGUUGAAGAGCAGCGAGGUGCCGGCAUCGGUCGACAUCUCGAAAGACCUCGAGGCCGUGCGAAUACGCUCCGGUGUGACCGACUGGGCGAGCUUGUUCGCCGCCGUGAGCUCCGCGAGGACGCUUGUGCUGCACCAUCGCGACAUGUUCGGGGGAGAGAAUGGAGGUCCGGGCUUGAUCGGACGGCUGGUGUCUCUCGUGGCGGACGCUGUGUCCAACAGGCGGUCGGUGGUACAGACGAACGGCUUGCGGUGCUUGGGCGAGAUGUUCAGCUGCGUGGUGGGGAAGGAGAUGACCGCCGACCAGAUGGGAACGCUGGUCAGAUCUACCUUGUCCUGCCACAAGUCUUCCUCUAAGUUCUGCGGGGAGGAGGCGAGGAAGGCCAUGGAGGCUGCCCUGGCCAACGCCGACCCGGAGCCUCUGCUCAGCGCGGUCCUCCCGCUAGCACUCGACACACACCCCAAGAGGGCAGCGUGGCGGGGCGCGGUCUGGUGGAUGGUGUGGACGUGA